GGUUCUCAUUAUAUUCAUUCUUUUUGACGGACAGUGUCCUGUUGCUCAGUGUAAUGGUGACUUUUCCAUGAAUCAGAUCAUUGCAGAAACACAGAGCAGCGGGAAACUUUUUGCAGCCAUUUCAUCCAUUACAUUUUCCCACAGUGGACUCUCUGUUCAGUCAGCCAGCUUCUUUUCUUCCAGUUAGUCUUCCAAGGAGUUUAUUCCUGACAUAAUGAGCGUUUUAGUCUCCCAGGAAGGUCCGUCACCCCUUUUUUGAAGGAGUAGCUCACCCCAGUCUGUAGCAUUGCUCGAAAAAGUCUCAUCCGAAUCAGGAGAGAAAUCUGCACUAUUUCGGUGCUAGCGGAUACGCUUUAGAACCUGAUGGAAGCGUGUUUUAAGGACCUGCAGGAACAGAACUUGAUGAAAUAUCACAAAAAAAGCUUAGCUUAGUCUGGUCCGCUCUGGUUGAUGAGAACUAGAAGCGCUCAGAGACGCGCUGGACUCAAGGGGUUCCCAGUUUAGCAGGCAGCUGCCGUGUCCUAGUUCACUGUUCGACCUCCACCACAGUCAUACGAGUCCAUCAACAAACAAUCCGCUCGUCGAAAUGUCGAAAUUGCUCCUUAAGCGGUGCGGUCGUGACGGACGUCGCGGGAAUCUCCUGACUGAGAUGAAUCGAUUGCACGGAUAUCGCCAAUCGCCUGCCGUGUUAAAAUAUAGCGACCGUGUUCAGUUUACAAUGCAUCUGUUCAUCUGUUCAUACAAAAGCCUCUGCUUGCUCGUGCAUCAUGCAUGGAUACGUCAGCUUAAAAUAAAGCUAACAUUGUUUUAUAAUGUUUAUCAUUAUUAAAUUAAUAUUAAUAUUAUUUCAUAACAUUAUUUCUUACAAAUAUUUAUCUGACAGCCAAGGAAACUAUAAAUUGACAAUAAAACACGCAUUAAAAAAUAAUAAUAAAAUUAAAAAAUGCACGACAACAAAAUCGGUCGGUGUACAUUAUUAAAAUGAAAAUAGAACAUAAAGCAGAUUUAUAUAUUAUUAAAAAAACAAAGGUGAAAAGAAUGAUUAAUUUUUUUAUUUUUAAACUAAACAUCAUAGGCGCAUUUCUCAUGCAGUUUGUUGAAGUAUUAAAAUAACUUGAACUAAAAGCAAAACCUAAUAAUUCUAGACAUAUUACAAAAUAACUAAAAUGACAAAACGCAUGUAACUAUUUAAAUAAAUAAAAUCCAAUUUAAAAAUUGAACUAAAAUUAACAGUAUAUUAUAGUAAAACGGCAAAGUGUCCUUUGCGUAUUUGAAACAUAAACUGAUAUUUUUAUUUACGGUUUUCAAAAAUCACGUCUUUUUUUCAUUGAGCACAUCGGUUAAUCUCAAUCGAAUGGUUUUGAUCAUGUUAAAAUAGCAAAAAAUACAGCUAGCAAGCGCAGUAAAAACACGAUGACGUAACAAAAACACGAUUUUUGAAAAUGGUGUUUUCGCAGAUCAACUCUUGAUCGGUUCGUAGAGCUGUUUUGGUGUCGGUUUGUCUUCUCUGAUAUAUUGUGCACAAGGAUUAGUGCUCGUCGUUUCACAAGAGUCAACGAUGAGAAGAGAACAAAGUUAUAAGGAAGUGGUUAUAAAGAAGACGAACUAGUAAAACAAGUGUUAGUGCACUACCGUUGAUAUAAACUGUCAUCAUUACAGAACCGCACAGAUGCCUCCUUAUUUCAACAGUCUCAGAAGUGAAACACUGUCCGCAAGAAACUGCAGAAGAAGUUUAAUGACACCCAGAGCACAGAAAUAAAAAAAACUGCAUCUUUAGUAAUGAAUCAUAACUAAUGUGUGUGAUACAGAAGCUCUCUAAAAUAAAAGAUAUUGCAUUCAUGGAUCCAGGUGACUUAAACUGUAUCCAGUGAUGUUGGUCUGCCAACUUAUUCCACUACGUGCUUUUUAGUUUCCCCGUAAGCCACGCCGUGAACAGCCAGUGGAAAUGUCCCACGCAUCCAAGACCCCAGAAAGCCCUGCUGCGUCGCAGGAGGACCACCUCUCCAGUCUGAAGGCUUUGACGGAGAAGCUGAAGCUGGAGACCAGAAAGCCGUCGUGCCUGGACUGGAGAGCGCAGCUGGAGGCGAUGCUCGCUCAGAGCCACAGGGAGCCCGGAGACACAGAGAAACAGAGAGCGCCGGGCCCUCAGAGGGCUGUCAGCGCGCCGCAGGAAGGGAGGCGCUCGUUGGGAAGCGCGCUGAGAUUUGGAAGUAUAGACCAAGCUCUGGAGUGGCUCAGGAAAGAGCUGGCAGAGAUGCGUCUGCAGGACCAGCAGCUGGCGCGUCAGCUCAUGCGCCUGCGCGGGGACAUCAACAGCCUGAGGAUCGUGCAGACGUGUAACCAGCACCGCGAGAUGCUGAACGACGCCACGUUUGAGCUGGAGGAGCGCGACGAUAUGUCCGACCUGUGUGACGUCCCCAUGUCUCCUGGACUGGGCCUCUCGGAGCCGCUCAAGGUCAUCGGGGUCACCAAGAUGAACAUCAACUCUCGCCGGUUCUCUCUGUGCUAACGCACUUUAUCUUACGCGAAUGAUUGUGAGUGCUUUUUGUAGACCUUCAGAUGUUGUAUAGGGUUAAGGUGUUUUCAAAGUGUUGUGCUUUCAUUGCCUUAAAGUCAACAUCUUAACAAUCAUCUGUACAGUCUUCAUUUGUGUUUGAUACGACAUAAUAUAAUUUUUUAAUUUUUCAAUUUUAAUUUUAAAUGUUUAAAGCAGCUUUGUUGGUUUUUUCUUUAAUUUUGAAUCUGUACCUAAUAGGCCUCUUAUCUCAUUAGAGCUGAAUAUUUGUUUGAUACAACUGAACCUGAGUCAAUAAAACGACAGCAAACAAUAAA